GGACCAGAGAUACCGUUUGAGAUGACGAUUAAAUUAUGUUAUCAUCAUCGCCGGCGGUCAUCACCGCCGCACAUCCACCUCCGUCGUCAGAAACGUACCAAAUUCCUCUAUCCUCGCCGUCGCCGCAGAUUAUUACCCGCCGAGACCUGUUCAAGACUCUCUCCGUAUGUAUCGCCACACCAUCAUCACUCACCGUCGCACCAGCCAACGCACGCGGCCUCUUUCAAAUGCCGCCUCUCCGUCUCUCUAAUCGUUAUUACCUUGUGAGGGCUGGGGAAUCUGAUUACGAAAGCUUAGGGAUCAUCAACACAAACCCGGUGGCCAAAACAUCGGUUGAUAGUGGAUUAUCAGAUAAAGGUAAGAAGCAGACUGUGAGAGCUGCGUUACAGUUAAAGGCAAUGGGAGCUUGUGAUCGAAACUGUUGGCUUUGGCCUUCCAUUACACAGAGAGCUUAUCAGGCUGCUGAAAUCAUUGCCUCCAUCAAUGGGAUUAGUCGCAGCUAUAUAGUUCCCGAAUAUAGCUUCCUAGAUGCUCGUGGUUUAGGAGCUUACGAAGGCAAGAAGCUAGAUUCCAUUUCAGAAGUGUAUGCAUUGGACUCGAUAUCGAUGAAGACAAAACCUCCUCCUAUAAGCGAUGGUACGCCUAACGAGAGUGUUUCAGAUGUAUUCGUUCGUGUGACGCAGCUCAUGUCUAUUCUCGAGACUCAAUACUCAGAGGACACGGUCGUCAUUGUUUCGCCUGAUUCAGACAACUUAUCUGUCUUACAAGCUGGUAUUCAAGGUCUCGACCUUCGAAGGCACUCGGAGUUGUAUUUUGGACCAGGAGAAGUAAGAUUGUUAGAUGCAAACAGCGUUCCUGUGUACAAGCAACCUGCUUCUGCUGUAUAUAAAUGCACAAACCCACCAAACUGUGACUAAUGUAAGUUUGGUUCUAUUGGUUCUACAAGUCAAUAUACACUUGAACAGUUAAACAUACAUUGCGGCAAAGAUAUAUGCAGUGGAAUAUUGAGA